UUCCCGAACUGCGUCGGUGCUGUUGACGGCAAGCAUGUACAAAUUAAGUGUCCUCCGAACUCUGGAAGCAUGUACUUCCAUUAUAAGGGCACAUACUCCAUCGUCCUGCUUGCCGUAGUUGACAGUGACUACAAGUUCGUGGUUGUUGAUGUUGGUGCCUACGGCAAGCAGAGUGAUGGUGGAGUGCUCGAGCAGUCAAAGUUCGGGCGUCGCUUGGAGGAAGGCAAGCUUCAUCUCCCACGAGACCUGGCCCUGCCGAACACAUCUCACUCAGCGCCUUGCGUUUUUGUGGGGGAUGAGGCCUUCCAACUCCGCACGGACUUUUUAAGGCCAUACCCUGGGCGAGGACUAGAGGGCGAGGAGCGCAUCUUCAAUUAUCGGCUGAGCAGAGCAAGGAGGUGCGCUGAGAACGCCUUUGGGAUCCUGGCGGCCAGGUGGAGGAUCUUGGCGCGGACCAUGGGCGAAAAGCCAGAACAUGCUGAAGUGCUGGUGAAGGCCCUCUGUGCACUCCACAACUUCCUAAUGCACAGAUGCACCGAAGAUGAUGAUGCAUACUGUGGCCCUGGCUUUGCCGAUUCUGUGGAUCGCUUUGGGCAGCGGCGGUCUGGCCAGUGGCGCAACCUCCUUGCACAGCCGCCAAUGCCAGUGGCUCAUACACAGGCAUGCCACUUUGCCCAAGCAGCUUGGCAGGUCAGGGACCUCUAUGCUCGUUAUUUCAGCAGUGCUGUGGGCAAAGUGCCUUGGCAAGACAAAAUCUGGUGUCCUGUCAACCCAGGGCCCGAUGCAGCACUACCUGCUGCACAGUGAAGAGAACAUUU